AAAAACUCAAACGUGAUUGCGGCAAUUGAGCGCGACGGCCGACUAACGACGGAAGAAUGGUCGACGUGUUGGCCGAGUUCGCAUCGACGCCGCUAAAGCUCAAGAAUCCCGAGAAGAACAAACCUUCUCCUUGGAUCCCCACGGGAAGAUUCACCCCAUCAAAGCGACCCUUGGAGGACACCUCAAUGUCUUUUGCCACCCCGUCAAAGCAACGACGACCGGAACUGCGGCCUUCAGCAUUGAAACCAGCCACGCCUUCUGCGCUGUGUGAUCGAGGAUAUCGCGCACCGCAUUCAACGGUGAAGGCACUCCCGUCAUCUGCAAAGAAUUCAACGAUAUCAGCCAACAACUCCACCGCCAUCCAAGGACCACCGCCAAUGCUAGCAGCUGCGUCUCCUUUCGAAAUCGUAGGGGUGCCAAAUCCACAGUCGAUAUGUACGGAGACGUACAUAUCGACGAAGAUGUUUCGCAGCGCACAUGCCGUGUCAACAAAAGUUGUUUCUCGAACCUCGCACACAACACCACGUACGCUCCUUUCGAUGCCAGCUGACUCGAACGCUACCCUUCUAUCAAGAAGAGAAACACCCCAACUUACAACUCUAAGCUCCCGACGUCCCCUUGCUCCAGUCUCACCCCAACAACCAUCUCCAGCAUCAAUAGCCAACCAACUUUCCAAUGACGUCUCCGUGGAUAAAUCAACUAAGCCAUCGGCACCACUCGAGGCUAAAUCUGCAACAAGUGCGAUGAUCAAAGGCAAUUCUCUUCCUACGGCCGUUCCUGCACGUUUGAGACCACGUGCUGCCUCCGUUGGCACAUCCAGACGUGUCCCUCCUGCACAAUCUGCAGUCCGCGCUAGACGAAGGAUUUUGCACCGGCAAUCGACCACCAUCAACACCUCCAGCACAUUAACGACUCUGCCACUUUCAACUGACGAAAAGCCAGCGGUCCCAAGGCGCUUUGUUCAAUCCAAGCUCACGAUGGCACCCCUCUCUGCAAGCCCAGUGGUUUCCACAACGCCAUGUGACGUGCCUGGUGCUGUACCCAAAAUUUCCAUCGCCGCUUCCGCCAUCAUCCCACCCUCAACGCCUGGGUUAACCCGAUGUGUUCGUAUGAGGAAGCCAGUCAGAACCGUGACCAAAUCUGCCGAGAUCAUUCCUCAAGCCAAGCCAGUCCUGCGAAGAAGGCCGAUUGGUUCUUCCGCACCCACUGCCCACCGACCUGUUGCAACUACUCCAAGAUUAACUCAACCGCAGCAAACAAGCACAACCACACGCCUGGCUAGUCAUCGCGUCGCCACUCAACCACUCGUCAAAACGGCCGGCGCAACGACAUCGUCGACACAACUUGGAAUUCAGAUUUCGACAACAAAAAAGUUUGCGCAACCAUCAACUCCACAAACGUCCUCGUCCGCAUCACUCCCCGUAGCCUUCAAAACGCAACAAAAGGUGGAUCACGAAGACGUGUUACAACUUAUACCCUCCACUGAGCAGUCCACGGAGACGCCUCAAUUGCCGACGGAAGACUACUUCCAUUCAAAACCGCUUUCCGGUACAGAGUCCAUCGCUAACAAGGAGGAUGGAUUCUUGGCUGAACACUGCAGGGAUGCCCCGCCAACAAUGAAUCAACCCGUUGCAGAGUCAAAUCUAGUUGACUGUAUUGGGAAUGUGGACGCCCCACCUGAAGCAGAAGCCCCGACGCUGUCGUCCACGGCACUGCCGACCGCCCUACCUAUAGUUGUCGCCCCAGAAUCUUCACUUUCUGUCGAGAACGACUCAACAAGCGCAAACAUGGUGUCGAUAUCCCAGUUCAAGGAAGAGCUGCUCACAACCGGCACCAUCACUGGGCACGUUUUCGCGCAAUGUUGGGACGCUGGACUCGAUGCCGAUGUGUAUACGUGGCAAUCCAGUCUGUUUGUCUUGCUGGUCGAAUGCGAGCAACUGUGUCUCCACGACUCGCGGGUUUCCCAUGAACCAAGAAAGGUCGCUUUUCAGUGCUACGACUUGUCCGUCGUGGAGCUUCAAUAUGUGUCUGAACGCGGAACGACCCAGCGAGUCGAAACGAUUCUGCACAACUGCGAACGCCUCGUGCGAAGGCUGUCCAAGCUCACACAGACUCAAGUGCACCAUAUUCUCUCCGCGUUGGAGAAAGCUGGCGCCUCCGCCCCAUCACCCACAUAUCGCGCCGCUGCCCGCUAUUUCCGCACCGUCAUGGACACCUCGUCGCAAGUCGUGCUCAGCCACAUCUCCCGGUUGUCCAAUUCGCUCGCCCGACACUACCUCCGUGUGAUUUUUCUAUAUUUUGACGAUCGUCUGAGCGAAGACAAGGCGUCGACGGUGGCCCUGCCCGACCAUUACGCCCACCAGGACUUGGGGGCAGCAAUCCAUCGCGCUCUGGACGAUCGACUUCUGUACGAAACGUCGCAAACGACGACCAUGGAGCGCUACUUGUACGCCACGAGCGUGAACUUUUUAUACCAAGCGAUUCAGCUCGUGCAGCAAACGGCCAAGGACGCGUAUUUGACCAGCUUGAUUCGAAAGCUCCAAGCGCUGUGUCUUCGACUUAUUCAGCACAACUGCGACGACGAAGCUCAUUUGUAUCCACUGGCAUCGCUUGCGACGUUUGAAAAGACAUUGCAGAAGGAGCUCAGUACCAUCGACAUGAAUCGAAUCCGCCGCGAGUACACUGUGCCGCGAUCUCCCCUGCAAUCGAUCCCGCUCCCGGACCAAGAAUCGACACCGCUAAAGGAACGAUACCGAUCGGCCACGGCGUGCUUUGAAUGCAAAGAAGCAUGGAAGGACGUGGCAACGACUGUGCAAUGUGCGGUUUGCGAUAAGCGAUAUCACCUCAAAUGCUUGUACCUGUCCCCGACGUUUCGAAACCUAUCGGGCACGUACAAAUGCCCCCACUGCCUCUAACUCUCUCUCUCGUGUCGGGACUUUCAUGUCGAGCUCUCCAUUCUCUUGUAACCCAUCGACGCCCCUCGCUCAACCACCUCUCGAUGAAUCGAUGUGGCAGUGGAGUUGCUUGUCGUACCGAGUACUUUGAUUCUUACGUGCGACCUCGGCGCUUGUUACAAGAUCGAUUUGACAAAGGCGGGGGCAACCUUGUUGCGCUCGAGAGCGCGCUCGACCCGCCCACGCGCUUUAUCGUCAUGCUGCAGGCAAAGACCAUCGUUUCAAGUCACGUGAAUAUGGACAUCAUGAUCACAUUUAUUUCGUACCUCGGCAACGGCCUUGAGAAUUCCCGUCGCGAGCUCGGGGACACGGGGGAUGUCUGUGUUGACUUCGCACAGUUUGGUCAAGUUGUCGAG